AUUAAGACUUCUAAACCUGAAAACUUUCAAAUCUGAUCACUUUCACCAGCUGAAGAUGAGGUUGAGUCUGAUGUUCUGCACUUGGCUCUGUGUAGCCUCAUGGAUGGCCGGGGUCUAUGCAAAUGUUGGACCCAUCAAGAGCUGUUGUCUUCAGCUGUCACAGACAAGAGUCCACCCUAAUAACGUAGUGGACUACACCGUACAAACUACAGUGCUGUGUUCCAUCGACGCUAUAGUGUCAGUACACUACAAUAAUAUUUCCUACACUGUCAUACUACACCGUAAAGAUUAUAAAUUACACACCAUAGGCAGGAAAAGAAUCUGCGCUGACCCAGGAAGGGAUUGGGUGAGGAAGGCCGUGGGAAAGGUGGAUGAAGCCAGAAUGAUCAAGAGAGAGGAGGAGGAGGGAAAGGAGAGAGAGACAGUGACCAAGGGACCGGCAGUGCCACGCAAACACGGAAAAGGACAAAAGAAGGGAGGCAAAAAGGGAAAGGGGAAAGGAGGGAAGAGGGGAGGAAAGAGAAAAGCUGUAUGUGUUUGUGUGUGUGAUAGAGGUUUGAUCAUGACUCUCAAGCUGUAUGUGUUUGUGUGUGAUAGACGGUUGAUAAUGACUCUCAAGCUGUAUGUGUUUGUGUGUGAUGGAGAGUUGAUCAUGACUCUCAAGCUGUAUGUGUUUGUGUGUGUGUGGUUUUGGCUAUACCAGAAGUCCUCACAAGGAUAGUAAAACAAGGAACAUUUGGACAAGUGGGGACAUUUCAAAGAGAAAUGGAAGAGGGCGCAAGAGAACUGGUAGGCUAACUGAGAACCUUGAUGUUAGGUCUAAAAGGUGGACUUCAGCAUCUAGGAGACGAUCACAAUGAGAUCAAAGCAGUAUGGUGACAAGGACGUCUACCUAUGAUGGCAUGUUGUAAGUGCAAUUUUAUCCAUGACAAAUUUUUAUUUUCAAUGUGGACACAAAGUUGUUUUUGUCACUGAUAAAUGGGACCAAUGCUAAUUAAGUUGAACAAUAUUACUGUUUAGUGAAAAAUGUACUGGUGUCACGCCUUGGUCUUAGUAUUUUGUGUUUUGUGAAGAAUGUGCGGUUUUGUCUGCAUAGCUGUCACGCCCUGGUCGAAGUAAUGUAUGUUUGUCUUCAUUUAUUUGGUCAGGCCAGGGUGUGACAUGGGUUUUUGUGGUGCGUUUUUGUCAUGGGGUUUUUGUGGGGUGUCUAGCAUAGUCUAUGGCUGCCUGAGGCGGUUCUCAAUCAGAGUCAGGUGAUUUAUCGUUGUCUCUGAUUGGGAACCAUAUUUAGGCAGCCAUAUUCUGUGAGUGUUUUCGUGGGUGAUUGUUCCUGUCUCUGUGUUAGUGUUCACCAGAUAGGCUGUAAUAGGUUUCACGUUUCGUUUGUUGUUUUUUGUAUAUUAUAGUUAUUUCAUGUAUCGUCGAUUCUUCAUUAAAGAACAUGAGUAACCACCACGCUG